AUGUCAGAGGCAGACGAUCCACUCGUAAACGGGAAAACGCCUUCUACAGAAGGUCGCGAUCCGGCUUAUUUUUCUUAUUAUGCCAUGCUACAGCAUCAGGUGGUUUUCAAGCAUUCAAGAACUGUUAGUUCCAACGAGUUAAAGAAAACUCCUGCAGGUGCACAGAAGGUAUAUGCUGUUGAGGCCUCACAAAUGGCAGAGAAAAUGCGAAAACUUGUUGAGAGCGCAAAUACAACAGAGUCUGAAGCCUUAGCUAAGAAUGCAUUCCUAAAGGAUAAAAUUGAAGUUAUUCAAGCCAAGAUUGAGGAUCCUAACCUUCCGAUCCCUCGAGUGGAUACCAUUAUUUCUGAACCAAUCGGAGUCCUCUUAAUUCAUGAAAGAAUGCUUGAAAGUUAUCUUUAUGCACGAGAUACUUAUUUAAAACCAGGCGGAACUCUAUUUCCGUCAACAGGGUCCAUAUUUCUUGCACCGUUUUCUGAUAUUGCUUUAUGGACUGAGACUAUGGGAAAGGCACGUUUUUGGGAACAAUCCUCAUUUUAUGGAGUAGAUCUUUCUGCACUUUAUCCUGAUGCUAAGGAUGAAAUGUUUGGCAUGCCAGUGGUUGGUUGCUUUGAUCCACGUACCUUAAUCGCACAAGCAAACCCGGGUGGAUACGUGGUUGACUUUUAUACUAUUACAUUGGAGGAGCUUCAGGAUAUGACAAUACCUUUCGUCUGGCAGGCUUCUUAUACCGGAAUUAUUCAUGGAAUAGCUGGAUGGUUUGACUUACAUUUUUCACCACCACCGUCGGUUUCUAGUGGGAACACAAUUGCAAUGUCUACUGGACCUGCAGCAGAACGAACUCAUUGGCAACAAGUCAGAUUCUUAUUGAAAGAGCCAUUGGCGGUGAAUGCAGGUCAAACUAUUCAAGGAUGGAUGAGAUGUGUGGUGAAUGAAAUGAGAUCUUAUACUAUAGAAGCCGAAUUAAUGGUUGGGGAAGGUCAAUUAACAAAUCCAACAAUACUCUUAACUUCAAUAUAUAAUCUGGACUUUAAUCGUAGACGUGGUAAAUGGAGACUGCACGAACAGACUUAUAAUUAUAAUUAUUAUCCACAAUCUGAUAAUCUUUUUAGACCAGAGUAUAAUUGCCUUUAUGAACCAGAGCACCCUAUAGAUACCACAGUGGUUGUGGAAAAUAAUUUUGUUGAUGACAACAACAACAAUCAAUUUAUUAUGUGA